AGAACUCUCUCAUAGUGUCUCAGUGAUUCGUCAAAAUUCCUUACUAUGGAUUCGCGCUUGAUUUUUGUGCUUUCCCUCGUGAUCCUCACAUUCUACCCCUGUCUCAUUGAAAUGGCGCCAUCCAAUGAAAAAAGCGUGGCAAAAGUUUCCCGAAGUACUAGCUACUACAAUUAUUUUGCAGUGUUUAUCCGACCCCUACGAGUAGUCCCUCAAUGGUUUAUGAUUUUUCUAUCAUUUUACCUCCUCGGCCUCACAUAUCGAUCCGUUUCCCUUCACAAGGUUGCAGAUCCUCUCAAUCCACCAGAUUCAGAUCAAUAGAAAAACACCAAAGAACUUUUUAUAUUCAUAAGUAAUAGAAGAUGAAGAAGAUUGUUGUGGGUUAUGGGAUUGAGAAAUUGAUAUUCUAUUGAACAAACUGAUGCCGAUAAAGUUCUCAAGUCAUUCAUCCAAUUUCAUGGCAGAAAGUUGAAGAGAUGUUCUACAUUCAAUUCUUGUGGAGGUGCAAGAGAGCAAAUUAGCGCAUUUUGGGGUGUUAAUCUGUCGAACGAUUCGAGAAUGGGGUCAGAGGUGUGACCCAGUUCCUGUGGUAUCGUUUACCGUAAGCCAGUUUGAGGAUCGUGAUGAUGGCCCCAGAAUGCGCGUGGUGUCCAAGAGUGGGGUCGAGAUGGUGGUAGACACACCAGUCUCAUUCUCAAUCUCCAACGAUAAGACACACAAUCGCGGAUCAGUAUCAAUGGCACUGAGCCUCCUAGCACAUCUUGCCCUGUGACUUCUUCGCAUAACACGCGUCGCGUACCGACAUGACUAAGACUCUCGUGAUAAUCCUCAUUGUGCUUUUGUGGGUGAAAGUUCAAUCAACCACUGCGUACUCACGUGUGGCAACAAAUGGGAAUAUAUCAAGUAACACAACAAGUGAAGACCAUCGUCCCGAUGAGGGUGUCUCUGUGUCGAAGCUCCUCAUGCCAGAACCCCCAACCCCGAGCACCACCACAACCAACCCACCCCCCACGACCACCCAAGAGACAGAGACAGGACGAGCAGUGAACUCAAGACCAUUCAGGCUUCCGUUUAUCUCUUCCGCUGCUCAGCGGAGGACCCAAUCGCGUCAACCCAUUCAGCGACUCACCCCAAUUAGAGCACCCAGCAACUACAGGGGGCUACCGGUAGCUAGGAAACAACCCCAAAUUGUCUAUCCCGUCUAUACACCCUCAAACCACCGACCAGCACAGCAGUGGCCCGCAAAUCACUCAAGACGGAUCGGGGCACAAGGUCCCGUUGCUAUGGAUAGAUUUUCCCCUGCUGAAGCCUAUUCUGCGGGUAUCUACAAGGCAAAGCAAAAGAAGAAGCAGCAACAAAAUGGGUACAGCUACCCAAAACCUGUGUCGUCUUUCCCUCGACCACAAGUACCUGCUUCUGCUCCAGCUCCAGCUCCAGUAGCGUUUCCAGCGGCUCCUAAUUUUCCUUCAGCACCAACUUUCAUGGCUCCUGCACCAGCACCCGCACCACCAGCACCACCAGCACCACCAGCUCCUCCAGCACCUGUUUACAUACCAGCACCUACUCCACCUCCAACUGCUGCCCCUCCUGCUCCAGCUCCAAUGCCAGCACCUCCACAAAAUUCAUACAUUCCUCCUACAGAUAAGGACUUGUACUCCUUCCCUCCGAACGUAAAUUCUCCUUACCUUCCACCACCAGAUGUACCAAUGAAAUCAAUUUCCCCUGUAUCGAGUUACUUGCCCCCUGCUGCUGGACCUGCAGACUCUGAUAGUAAUUUCAAAUACCCUGGACCCGUUAACCCGAUGUACCUUCCUAUGAGUAAUCCCGCUCCUGCUCCUGCUCCAGCCCCUGCCCCUGAUUCGAAUGAAAGCAAUGGAGACGAUAGUGGUGGCAUGGAUGUUCAAACGGCACCUCCGGACCAAGACUCUAGUCACGAACAUGACCACGAUCAUGAUCACGAUCACGAUCACUUUCACGAUCUAUACCAUGACGACCAUUUCCAUGAUCAUGAUCACGAUCACGAUCACUACCACGGUGAAGUAAUUUACGAUCAUCCACCACCUGGAUGGAAUCCAGAUAUGUACAGUGCUCCAGGUCCCGCAACUCCAGCUCCUCCUGCUCCUGCUCCAAUGGAUCAGUCAGAUUCUUCUGAUUCUCAAAUGGAUGCCAUGGAUCAGGGAGGAAUGUCCAUGGGAGAUGAUGCCAUGGCAGGAGCCCCAGCUCCCUUUCCCGAUGCCUACAAAUACAACGGCCUCUACGGUGUUGACGCCCACCCAGAACUAAUCUACGAUCACGAUCCACAUCAUGAUCAUGACUUCCACUAUCACCACGAUGAACCGACAACAACAACAACGGAAGAACCACCACCAGAACCUAGAGUGAAAAAGUACAGCUACUACUACCUUGGACGAAAACUCUGGUACAUUCCGCUGUAUUUUACCGUGUGGUUCACUUUUUACGUCGCUGCGCUGAUUAUACGAUCAAUUGCCAGGCACAAAGUUGAAAUCCCCGAACACUACCAAGCUAGACGUAAACGCAAUGCAGAUCCACAUCGAGAAACCGUAAGGAAAGUGGAUAAAAUGACUGUUUUUGUAAUGUCACAAAUUGAGGACUUUGCCCAGAAAUAUUUGCAAUAAAAUGUCAAUUUCUAGGCUU